AUGCAACUCAAAGUUGUCGCGCUUUGUGAAAUUCUUCAAGGACCUACUGAAAUAGUUAAUGUAUUUGCCAGCGCAGACGUUAUUCGAUAUUCUGUUGACAAACAGGUCAUCGACUUUGGUCAACAAUUAUUCGGCGAAUUGUGUCGGUCAAGCUUUACUUUGCAAAAUCAUAGCACGAUAUGUAUAGAUUACAAAAUAAACAAGAGAAAUUUAAUAUUCAAAACGAGCAAUCUCGACUCUACAAUUGGCAUGUUAACAAUUGAACCGAAUAAAGGAUCUAUAGAUCCUCUAUCAUCGUUAAAAAUUACGAUCGAACUUCAACCCAUGCUGCUCGGCGCUUUUGAAAUAGAGUUUGAGUUGCAAGUGACUCAUGUAGAUCCAUUAACAAUUACCACAAAAGGUAUUACAAGUUACCCACAAAUUUAUCCCUGCAUUCUGCGCGAUAUUUUUAAACCUGUGAAAUUGGAAUACCGUGCAAUUCAACUGCUAACUCCAGACUUUAUCACGAUGAAAAAACAAGAAAUACAAAUACGAUGUAAUGUGGACGAUCCAAAGAGUCAAAUGCCUGAAUGGGACAAGCGAAUCUUAUUAAAUAACGGCUGGGACUUAAUUUCAUAUGAGGAAAUAUUUCCCAGUAUCAUCGACAUCGAGAUGUCUAUUGACAGACUUCUGGCAACUCAAUUUAUUGAAGAAAAUGCUUCUAUUUUGACGAAACAUCUCAUUUCGCAUAAAAACGCUGUUAUUCCUUUUCUUUAUACUUCUAAAUAUAUCAUAGACAUGGGUUACAUUGCGAUCAAUGUCAAAACAUGCUAUUCAACAACGGUUGUCAAUUACGGGCCUUGGAACGCAGAAGUUGAAAUAAAAAAAUUAAAAAAGAAGCAACUUGAAAAUUCCGGCAUUCUUGUGCAAUUUAAAAAGACAAUAUUAACCGUUGGGAAAACUACGUGUCUGACUAUUACGUGGCAACCGACAACGAUUAAGUAUUGUAAAAGAAGCACGAGAGAACAACAUACAAUUUAUUUAAAAGUAUCCCAUGGUUCAAUUAUUCCCAUAAUUAUAAAAAGCAUCAUUACUUAUCCAUUCGUAACUGUUAACACGAAAUUAUUAAAUUUUCAAAAUGUCAUCGUAGGAGAAUGUUUAAUGAUGAAUGUUUUAUGUCGCAUGGAGGCAAAUUUAAAAAUCAUUGUUAAAAUGGGUUUGGAAACACAAGUGAUAACAUUGCUUGGUCAUGGAAUCGAGUAUAAAUUGCAAAUAAGCGAUCUCGACAUUAGUUUCCCGCCUACAGUGAUUUUUACCGAAGUACUAGAGAAAACGUUCACAAUCGAAAAUAAGUGCAAUUAUCCCGUAGAAUUUUUCUGGCAUCAUCUGGAUAGUCUUUUUCUAGAAGAACAAAUCGCUGAGGCACUGACUCGUUACUACGGAGUUAAAGAAAUCCUAUUACCGCCUCGAAAACUCGGAGAGAGAAUGCCGUCGUCUUUAAUGGAAUUUUAUAAUAGUCUCAAGAAAUAUCAGGAAACCGCGUGCAGGAGCGCUAAGGCAUUGCAAGUGUCGCUAUUAUGCAUAGAUAAUGUAAUUAUCGAAGGUAUUGCACUGGGCGACAGUUGGGUUUCCAUCAAGUUGCGACAAAUUAUCGAUGAAGCUUAUCAAGAAUAUUUAUCAUCAUUCGAAAGAUAUAAGUAA